AACCACUGAAAACUCGACGCCCAGCUGCACUCAUGGAGAACGUAUCCAAACCUCCACGUCGACGUCGACAUGCUGCCAUGAGAGACGAGCGAGAACUUAAUGACCAAGGAGAACGGGCUCGACAUGAGCGAGGAAUGAAGCCCUCACAGAGAUCAAGGUCUCCCCGUCAAGUUCGCGAUUCUCGCCACGAUUCCGACGCACGCCGCAACCGCCCACCCAUAAGACCAGAUUCUCAUUCAUCUCGCCUUCGUCGCCAUUCGCACGAUCGUAGUCGUGAUCGCGCUUCUCGUCUAUCGCCCGAACCAUCACGUCGAGGACCAGAAGUCGAAGAUCUUAUUCCGCGUUAUCGAGAACGCCAUCGCGAAAUCGAGGAGAAGCCUCCGCGGCGAAGCCAGAGCCGAAGUCCAGGCCACGACUAUAUCAGCAGGGCAUCGCCCUCGGCAGCCAAACGACAUCGAAGUCGGAGCCCUUCUUUAACCAUUUCCAAUCGAAAGAGAUCCAGAAGAAACAGGAGCCCAAGGCCAAGGACAAGGGACAUCAGCCUAGAGUCUCCAUCUAGGAAGCACGCCAGGCACUCCUCACGCGACCGACGUAAAACAUCGCCUCGCCAACAAGCACGAUCUUCUAGAUCCCCCACACGUUCACGACCUAGAUCCCCAGCAAAGUCGGACUCGGGUUCGCGACGGGCAGACCGAGAGGCUCAGUCCCAAUUAGAACGACCUCAACCACGGUCACGAAGCCGAUCGCUUACAUCAGAGCACCACUUGGCUUCAUCCCGAAGAGCUCGUGCAUCAUCUCGCGAGGAUCAACGGGCGUCAGGUCUUGAGCGGAUUUCCUCGCGGCGACAGCUUCCACCACGAUCACCUCAAGCAAGUAGGGAACGGAGAUCUCGAGAAGGGUCGCCCGGUUGGCGUCAUUCUUCGAGGUCCGAUAUCGACGAAGAUAUGACCUCCAGAAGCAAUCCUCGAGGAGGCUAUAACCCGAAGUAUCACCAAAAAUCACAUAUCAGUAACGAUCAGUAUUCCCCAUCACCCCAACACGCUUCGUACCAUAACUCGCCUUCACGAUCACCCUACGGGCCAUCACGUGGUGGAUGGAAUGGUCAUCAGUCCUACCCACCUCAGUAUCCUCAAGGGAGUAGUCACGGUCCCCCAAGUGGCCCUUCUAGCCAUUAUCAUUCCAAUACUACACGGUCACCGCCAUACGCCGCUCCGACAGGCCCGAUGCAGCAGUUCCCUCAGGGGGGGAGCUACCGCGGUGGCUACAGAGGUGGCGGUUUUCGAGGUCGUGGGAGAGGCGGCUUCAAGAAUUCUCAUUGGAACUCAGGCCCUCCUUCAAGAGGACACCACGAUGAUUUAGGCAAUGAACGCUUCAGCAAUGUGGACGACCACGGAAAUACAGGUUCUGAGCCUAUGGAUGUUCAGGAAGAAGUGUUUCAGUCUCACGAUGAAUUGGGCGAAGACACCAGCCAGAGUGUUCAGGACAGAGCAGGCCCAUUGACUACCCCCAACAGACCACCCCCAUCUGGUCCAGGAGGUUCAUCUGGUAGCAAGUUCAGUUUUGCCUUUAAACCUUCCUCAAAGCCAGCGGUCACUGCGCCAAAGCCCGAGAUAUCACAAAAGUUGAAUGCGGCUCCUCGGCGGGAACCUCAGCCGGAGAAUCGAGACAGAGAUCGAGCCCGAGAUCAAGAGCGCGAACCUCCCCGAAGUGCACCGACAGAGCCAGCUUCCUCUCGACCACGCCACGAGCGUCGCUAUCCUCCCGAAGGCCCUAGAGUUGCGCCCCGUAUGCGUAAGGUGAUGAAAAUCAUGAAACGACCGAAGCCAAGACCGACUCUCCCAGCUGAUCUGGUGGACUCGGAAUCUGUCUUCUUCAGAAAACCUGGAAACGAAUCAGUCGUUGGCUCCGGUACCUAUGGCAAGGUUUUCAAAGGCCUGAAUGUUUACACAAAGGGAAUGGUCGCCCUCAAACGAAUUCGAAUGGAAGGCGAGCGUGAUGGUUUUCCUGUCACAGCUAUCCGAGAAAUCAAGCUUCUUCAAUCUCUCAGACAUGUCAAUAUCGUCAAUCUUCAGGAGGUUAUGGUCGAAAAGAAUGAUUGUUUUAUGGUGUUUGAGUACCUGUCGCAUGACCUCACAGGACUGCUGAAUCACCCUACAUUCAAACUGGAGACGGCUCAAAAGAAAGACCUCGCUAAACAGAUGUUCGAGGGCUUGGAUUAUCUUCAUACGCGAGGGGUACUCCAUCGCGAUAUCAAGGCCGCAAAUAUACUCGUCAGUAACGAGGGAGUCCUCAAGAUUGCUGAUUUUGGCCUCGCUCGAUUCUACGCCAAGCGUCACCAGCUGGACUACACCAACCGAGUCAUCACCAUCUGGUAUCGCUCACCAGAGCUAUUACUUGGCGAGACUAAGUACACUGCUGCUGUUGAUGUCUGGAGUGCAGCAUGCGUCAUGGUUGAGAUUUUUGAUCGGAAUGCCAUCUUCCCAGGUGACGGAACCGAGCUUAGCCAACUGGAAAAGAUCUACAACGUGAUGGGCACGCCGAACUUGAAAGACUGGCCCAAUCUCAUUGAUAUGGCUUGGUUUGAACUUUUGCGCCCAACUGUGAAGAGAAGGAAUGUCUUCGCAGAGAAGUACCGUGAUAAGAUGUCACCAGCCGCCUUCGACCUGCUCUCCGCCAUGUUCCAUUACGACCCUGCAAAAAGACCCAGCGCUGCACAGGUACUCCAACAUGCAUACUUUACGGAAGAAGCACCAGCAGCCCGCCAGGCUACAGAACUCGCAACACAUAAUGACUGGCAUGAAUUCGAGUCUAAAGCCCUGAGGAAGGAAAACGAUCGACGCGAGAGAGAAGCUAAAAAGCUGGCUAAAGAGAAUGCCGGCCGGGACAAAGAGAAAGAUAAGAAACGUAUUAAUGAAGGGACCGACCAGCGCGACACAAAGCGGUUACAGGUUGACAAGAAUGGUGGAAACAAGCCCACGCCGGCAGUCGCACCACCGAAUUCGACCUCUGAAGCGUAAUAUUCAUGACACCUUGAUCUAUAGCUCGAAACGAUUACUCCUCGGCUUCACACCUGGUACUUUCGAACAUAGACGGCAUUACGCCAUCUGCAGGAGACUUCUAGGCAAUCUGACGUUU